AUGGUGGUCUUCAUUUGCAACGACUGUGGAGAUUCGUUGAGAAAACAUAAAGUGGAGGAGCAUGCAUGGCGUUGCAGGCGUACAAUCAACGUGUCUUGUAUGGAUUGCUUGAAGGAUUUCCCCGGCAAAACGUACAACGAGCACACGACCUGCAUUAGUGAAGCAAAAAAAUAUUCCGGCAAGGAUUAUGUCGAAAGCCCUAACGCGAAUAAGGGGGCCAAAAAACAAGAAUCCUGGGUGGCAACUGUACGGUCGAUAACAGAUUCUAAGAAAAACCUACCUAAAGGUGUAAUGAACGCGUUUGAAGUGAUUCAACGCCAGGACAACAUACCGCGCAAGUUUAAAGGGUUUAUGAACUUUUUUCAAAAUUCCGCCAAACAUAUUUCUAAACCGGACGUUGAAAAAACAUGGGCUUUGAUACAGGAACAAACAGAAAGUGACAAAAAAUCAACCCAACAACCCAAUAAGACCGAUCAGCCGGCAUCGAAACUGGUAGAUGCCAAAGCUACAAAUGGAAACACUUCGGCGAAACGUAAGUCGAAAGAUGAUGCACCGAAACCAUUAAAGGAAAAGAAACGAAAAAUUAAAGCAUCAGAUAAAAAUGAUCAUCAUGAUCCCGAGGAAGCUUUGCUAGAGGACCAAACUAACGGAACCAACUGUACACAUGUGGAGAGUGAAGAGACUGAACAGACGAAGGAUGUUGAAAAAUUUCGUUGGAACGAAGUCAUUCGAGAUCUGCUGGUGUCCAAAAACAAUCAAAUGAAUCUUUCCAAAUUAAAGAAAACGAUUUUAAAACGUUACCGAAAAUACACUGGCACAUCCAGCGAAGAGAAACAAGAAAUCGAAGCCAAGUUCGAGAAAAAGUUUAACAAAAAAAUAGCAAAGUCUGAAUUCGUGAUUGAAAACGAUACUGUACGAUUGGUUCAAUAGAAUAAGAUCAGCAAAAUACAAUGUUAUACGUAUUCGUUACG